UGUCGAUUCUCAAAUCCUCGAUUGCCUCAUUUAGCCCAUCUAUUUCAAGACCGAGUGCACGCAUACUCGUAUCCCCCCACAAUGACCGCCCUCUCGAUUCCACAUCUCCGCAAGACCAAAACAUCGAGCCAGCUCAUCGUCAAUGGCGAGCCCUUCCUCAUGCUCAGUGCCGAGCUGCACAACUCGACGCUCAGUUCAGCAAAAUACAUGGCCGACGACAGAAUCUGGCAGAACAUGAAAGACAUGUACAUCAACACGCUGCUGGGCUCUGUCUCGUGGGAGCAGAUCGAGCCCGAGGAGGGCAAGUUCGACUUCUCGAAUCUCGACGCCGCCAUCCUGGCAGCGCGCCACCACGGUAUCAAGCUGGUGUUGCUAUGGUUCGGCAGUUUCAAGAACGCGCUAUCGACCUAUGUCCCUGGAUGGGUGAAGAAGGAUGUGAAGCGUUUCCCGCGCGUGCAUGCCAUGGAGGCGCGUGGGAAGCGUAGGACGUUGGAGUUGAUGAGCCCGUUCCACGAGGAGUGCUGGACGGCUGAUGCGAAGGCGUUCGCGAAGCUGAUGGCGCACUUGAACGAGUUCGAUGGCCAGCAUAGCACCGUCGUUAUGGUGCAGGUCGAGAACGAGACGGGCUUGCUGGGCGAUUCGAGGGAUCGGUCCAAGAUCGCUGACAAGAAGUUUGCUGAGCCAGUGCCGAAAGAGCUUGUCCAGCACCUACGCAAGAACCACAACGACCUGCAUCCCGAAUUCCUCAGACGGUAUGCGCACGUGGCAAAUACAGAUGCUGCAGAGUGUGUGACGUGGAAAGAGCUGUUUGGCGCAAGAGAUGUGAUUGAUGCUGAGGAGAUGUUCAUGGCCGACGCAUUCUCGCGCUACAUCCAACACGUCGCAUCAGCUGGCAAAGCCGAAUACCCGAUCCCGCUCUACGCCAACGUCUGGCUCAACGGCGACGAUCCCAACGGAAUGGAUCUCGAGGGUGUCCCGGUUGUCGUUGGUGGCGGCGAGAAAGCGGGAGAAUACCCAUCUGGUGGUCCCUGUCCACACACCAUGGACGUAUACCUUUUCAACGCGCCCGCGCUCGACUUGAUCAGCCCCGAUCUAUACCUGCACGACUACGAGUCUACGUGCCAGAACUACAGGCAUGGCGGACAAGCUUUGUUCAUCCCGGAACAGAAGCGAGACGAGAAGGGUGCUCGGCGUAUCUGGAGUGCCUACGGAAAUUACCUUUCCCUCGGAUGUUCGCCAUUCGGCAUCGACUCGCUUCAAGCGGCCGACUGUCCUUUCACAAAGCACUAUCGUCUGUUAUAUUCGUUGAGGAGGCAGUUCCUUGAUACAUCAGCAAACCGUCCAGAAGACAUGAUGGGCUUCUUCUUCGAUGAUUUCGUUGAGGGUCAGAAGGUGAGGGAGAAGCCCUGGACAAAGACUAUGGGUGGUUUCGAAGUGAUCAUCGAACGCGCUUUCGUCUUUGGAAAGCCGGGACCGGGCGCGGGUAUGGUGAUUCACCAAGGCGAUGGCAAAUUUCUGUGCAUAGGCUGGGGCUUCAAUGUUUCUUUCAAGAGCACGAGCCCCGCGUCGACCUUCACUGGCAUCUUGCACGCGGAAGAGAAAGAGAUCAAUGCCGAGACCGGCGAGCUUUCGACCUUGAAGUGGUUGGGCGGUGAUGAGACGCGCAGUGGCGAGUUUUUGAUUAUGCCCAACGAAGACCCGGAUUACGGUGGCUUCCCUAUCGCUGUCACGAUUCCAGCGAGGACGUGUAUAGCUGAGUGCUGGGCUUACAGUCUUGAGGAGGAAGAGAGUGGUUGUUAA